AUGCCCCGCGGCCCGGCCGCCGCCGCCGCCCCGCUGCUGCUGCUGCUGGCGCUGCUGCUGGCCGCGGCCCCGCCGCACGGCGGCUCCGAGAGCCCCCGGGGCAAGCAGAAGGCGCUCCGCCAGCGCGAGGUGGUGGACGUGUACAAUGGCAUGUGCUUGCAAGGCCCCAGCGGCGUUCCCGGCCGGGAUGGAAACCCGGGAGCCAACGGGAUCCCUGGGACACCCGGGAUCCCGGGAAGGGACGGGCUGAAGGGGGAGAAGGGCGAGUGCAUGCGGGAGAGCAUCGAGGAGUCCUGGACGCCCAACUUCAAGCAGUGCUCGUGGAGCGCGCUGAACUACGGCAUCGACCUGGGCAAGAUCGCGGAAUGCACGUUCACCAAGAUGCGCUCCAACAGCGCCCUGCGCGUGCUGUUCAGCGGCUCGCUGCGGCUCAAGUGCAGGAGCGCCUGCUGCCAGCGCUGGUACUUCACCUUCAACGGGGCAGAGUGUGCUGGCCCGCUGCCCAUCGAGGCCAUAAUAUACUUGGAUCAAGGAAGCCCAGAGCUGAACUCUACCAUUAACAUACACAGAACUUCCUCAGUGGAAGGUCUGUGUGAAGGGAUCAACGCUGGCUUGGUGGAUAUUGCCAUCUGGGUGGGGACGUGCUCAGAUUAUCCACGGGGAGAUGCUUCUACUGGAUGGAAUUCAGUCUCCCGAAUCAUCAUUGAAGAACUGCCAAAAUAACUUCCCUCUCUUUUUAUAAUACCUUUUUUUUUUUUUUUUAAAUUUUGUACUAUUUUUUUCAGAAUUUAUUUCAAUAGAGUUGGACACAAGUACUGGACUGAAAGGCACCAAAGCCUUGCAUCUGUAGCCUUUGUCUUGUUUUGUACACAGCAGAGGCUUUUUAUAAUAAUAAUUUUAGAAUACAAAUAUCAAAACCAAGUUCAUUAACAUUUUAAAUUUCUUUUUUGAUGUAAUACCACCACUGUUUUUAGAAUUAACCAUAACUUUUUGUAUCAAAUAAAUAAGACCUUUUACAAAAAAGAAA